AUGAGUGAAAAAGAAGAGUAUAAAAAUAAUAAUAAUAAUAAUAAUAAUAAUAAACAAAUUGAUAAGCAAAAUAAAAUACCAAUAAAGGGUUAUCAUAUUUCAGCUAAAUUAACAUACUUUAAAUUAUUGGAAGAUUAUUAUUUUAGUAAAAGAAAUGAUUGGAUCAAAGUAAAUGCACUUACAGCACCAAUUGGUGAAGAUUUUCAAUCAACUAUUGAUUUAUGUAACCAAUAUUCUAAUGAAAAUAAUAAUAAUGAUAAUGAUAAUAUUGAUAAAUCAAAAAUACCAUUACUAUAUACAAAUUUAUCAAUUGAACAUAAUGAAAAAACAAUGGCUAUAAGAGGACCUUAUUUUUUAGAUCAUUCAUCAAUUGAAUCAUCAAUUGAAUCAUCAAUUGAAUCAUCAUCAUCAUCAUCAUCAUCAUUAUCAUCAUCAUCAUCAUCAUCAUCAUCAUCAUCAUCAUCAUCAUCAUCAUCAUCAUCAUCAUCAUCAUCAUCAUCAUCAUCAUCAUCAUCAUCAAAUAAUAAAUUAGCUAGAAUUAUUAAUAAUAACUCAAUAAUUAGAAAUGCAAUUCCAAAUUAUCAAAUUUUAACAGAUAAAUAUUUAUUAUAUAAACAUUUAUUUAAUAGUAAAUCAAAAUAUCAAGUACCAACAUAUUUUAUAAAUAGAGGUAAAUUUGAAAAUAAAUUAGAAAUUAAUGAUAAUGAUAAUAAUGAUAGAGUUAUUUGGUAUUUAAAAGAUCCAUUAUUAAAUAAAUCUCAAGGUAUUAAAUUAUUUAAAUCAAUUGAAAAUGUAUUAGAGUUUAUUGAAAUUAAUGAAAAUAAAAAUAGCAGAUAUUUAUUACAAAAAGAAAUUCAUCCAAAAUUAUUAAAUGGUAUAUUUAAAUUUGAUAUUAGAAUUUUCCUUGUUAUAACAUUUACACCAAACCAUACAUUAGUUUAUAUAUUUAAAGAAGGUAUUGUCAGAUCAACAAAUUCACCCUACAAAAAAGGUGACAUAACUAGAGAUUCACAAUUAACAAACUUUUGUUAUCAACUUGAAAUUAAUCCUGAUUUUCAAAAUAUUUUACCACUUUCCCAAUUUGAAAAAAAUAAUAAUAAUAAUAAUAAUAAUGAAAAUAAUAAUAAUGAAAAUAAUAACAAUGAAAAUAAUAAUAAUAAUAAAAUAUUUAAUAAACUUAAAAAUGCAACAAAGAAUAUAUUUUCAUCAUUAUUAAAUAUAUUAAAUAAUCAAGCAAGUGGUGAUAAAAUAAGUGGUUGGUCAUUAUUUGGUCUAGAUUUUAUUUUAGAUGAAAAUGAAAAUCCAUUCCUUUUGGAAAUUAAUAUUUCACCCUCAACUUUUCAAAAAUCACCAAAUGAUGUUUCUUCAAUUUGUCAAAAUUUGAUUAAACAAGUACCAAUAAUUACUUUUUGA